AUGAAGUUACCCACCGAAAAGAUUCAGGCGAUUAAUUGGCGCCUGCGGGAAAGAUUUUGGUGGCAAGUGCUAGGAAGUGGUACCUACGUACUGGUACAUAUGUGUAUUUGCAUAGCAUGUAUCGGGAGUAAACCGACUAGACAUAAGCAUCGUCGAACAGGAAAUAUCGGUACAUACUUUCUAUGCGGUAGAGCAGACAUGAUUCUCGGCAAGGUAUUGUCGUUUGAGAAGAGAAAGCGCAUCGGUAACACUGCCAGUGGCAUAUAUGCAUAG